CUUGACCAGGAUGCCACCAACUCGCAGAAGGUGUGCCCCACCCAAGGCCUCACAGCUGGCCUGCCGGAUGACUACCUGGGGGCUCCUGUUUCUGCUCUGGCCCGUGGCCACAGCCACCCAGGCCUGCCCAAGGCCCUGCACCUGCCAGGCCUUGGAAACCAUGGGGUUAAAGGUGAACUGCGAGGGGCGGGGCCUCACAGCCCUGCCUGUGCUGCCAGCUCACACUCGCCAACUCUUCCUGGCCAACAACAGCCUGCGUUCAGUACCACCAGGUGCCUUCGACCACAUGCCUCAGCUGUGGAACCUCGAUGUGACACACAACCCCUGGCACUGUGACUGCGGCCUCACCUACCUGCGCCUCUGGCUGGAGGACCACAUGCCAGAGGCCCUGCUGCACAUCUACUGUGCCAGCCCUGACUUGGCCACCAAGCGUCCACUGGGCCAGCUGACAGGCUAUGAGCUGGGCAGCUGCGGCUGGAAGCUGCCACCAUCCUGGGCCUAUUCAGGGAUCUGGUGGGAUGUGGCACUGGUAGCUGUGGCCAUACUGGGCCUGGGCCUGCUGGCUGGCUUGCUGAGCACAUUCACAGAGCCUCUGAAUUGAGCCUAGCCCAUGACACCAGGCUGGAAGUCCAGACCUAAGCCGGGUGCCCAGAAACACCGGCCCAAGUCAGUCCAUGCCAUGUAAAGCCCACACAGGAGGAGCUGCUGAGGUCACUCAGUGGAAAAUGACACUUGCUGCAAAGUCUGAAGACCUGAGUUCAAUUCCCAGGACCCAUAACAUAGGAGAGAACCGAAUUUUACCUUCACACUCAUUCUGUUGAU